CGAAGCUUCACUUUCUAGACAUUCUUCAGAUCAGCAUCCCCGGCCAGCAUGUUCUUCACCGGUUUCUUUAUCCUGUCGGUUGCCGUUCUGGUGCACGGCAGGCGGCCUCCAUCGAGCCUUCGCCCAAGCGAGCUCUUCAGUUGUGGGAAUGAUCACAGCGUCAUCCAGUUCGCUGGCGGCCACAUCGUCAACGAUCCGGUGGCGCUCCCAUCGCAGACGAGGGUCAUCUUCAACGUGACCCUUAGAAAACCCCUGCGUACCAACCUCAAGAUGAAGAUGAUGCUUUACAAGCUAGAACCCUUCCGCAUGCCCGUGCCCUGCUGGAGCAAGUUCGGAUCUUGCACCUACAACGUGUGUCAGCUGAUCAACAAGCACAAAGACGUCCUGUGUCCGAGCGUCAACGGAGAACGAGAUUGUGCCUGUCCAAUCCCGGCCGGAACGUACCGCAAUGCCGAGUUUGAUAUCGCUUUGCCCCGCUUCAUGAAACUAUUAGCCACUAUUUUACAGGGAAAUUAUGAUGGCGACCUGACAUUCUACAAUGACGACACCAAGAAAAUCUACGGAUGCGUUGGCAUGAAAAUUGGAGUGGUGGCAAGAGGGUAACAGCAUGAGUCACCAUGGGGCUUCCUUGUUGAAAUAUAAUUUAUUCUACCUAAACUUAGCACCAGCACAGUUUGCCCAAUCACAUUGUGACAAAAUGUACAUAAUGCAAUGCAAUGCAACGUAAACUCGUAUCGUUCACCUAUUUAUGCAGUGCUGUAAAUAGCCGUCAUGUACUCGUCUCUAGGAGACAAAUUUGUGCACCUUGUAAACAGUCCACCUUGCAGUCCUUAAAAGCGCUAGGAUUUUGUGACUUGAGCGCACGACCUAGUGUCAUUAAAACGUGGAACACUUUCA